AUGAAGAUUGAGUCAAUUCUAAACCAGUUCAGCGAACUUGACACGGAAGCGAGGGAUAGUCGAGAAAGCCCACACCUUUACAAUGAGCAGAAGGAACAUAGAGGCCCGUCAUUGUCACUGUCAACUCCGUCACCCGACUGCACCCAGUCUAGAACAUCUAGUGUGCGAUCCGAUAGUCGAACUCGAACGCCUUGGGAUGCUGGUGGCUACUCUCUGCCACGGGAUAUUGGCCCCAAGAACUCCACGCGACCUCCUUUCACGCCAGUGACUUGGGAGGAGCAGCAGGAAUCUGCGAGACGUCAGAAUGCAUCUAAUUACCACUCCAGACAAGUAUCAAUGGAUACAUCAGCCAGUAUAAAUCUUCAUGGUUCCGCAGGAUCAUAUGCGCUACCAGUCCGUAGAAUGCCUUCAACUCCAGAAGUCCAUCAAGAUGCUUGGGCGCCGAAAAGUAACCACAGUGAGCGCCGUGCUUCCCAGCACAUGAGAAGAUCAAGUCUCUGGACGGAAUACAAUACGUCGCCCGCGUCAGGGAGCCAUAAGAUAUCAGACAGCCGCAGCAGUUUCUCAUCUUGUUGCUCAUCAACCUUCUCUGCUGGCCAUUCCAGAUUCUCGUCGGUAUCUACCAUCAACGGGAGCAAUACGGUAGGCUCUGGCAUCGCUGACCUGGAAGCAAAAUUGGAGCGGCUUCCAAGGAUAACAGCGCCCCUCCCUCCAGUAACAGUCGGUCUGUCUGCGAAGCCGCAUGCUCGUCAGCGUACCAAUGGUGCUAGGUCGUUGUACGCGGGUAGCCCAUCUGACACGAUUCUAGAGGCGAGGAUGAUGAGAAGAAAGCACAACCAUUUGUCAGAAGAUCAAACCUAUUUGAAGCCAAAAGAUCAGUUUCUGAAUUCGUUAGAUCGCGUUCAUAAGCGAACCAUCUCGGCACCAAACCCCGCCCAGGGCUCUAGUCAUUCUUUUCCUCAAGCACCAACUUCUCUGCCACAAUUUACGUUCCGGCAGCUUCGUCCUCCAACACAACUGUCACCACAAAUCAACACAUCUCACGACCGUCUUGGCAUCGAGAAGUAUCCCUGGAUCCAUACGGGAGAGAGCUCCCCUGCACCUAGUAGUGCAUCAACAAAGUCGCCCUUCCAUCCCCCGGAGACUGUGAGGAUGCAGUCCAACGGGACUCUUCCAGGUGCAUCUGGACAGGCGGCGUCCCAUGCUAACCAAAAUGAUCGUGUUCUUGCAGCAUUGCAUACCUUGGAAAACGUAACCAUCAACGUUCCCCUCAAGGGUGGUGACAUUUGUAUGGCAGUUCCCGAAUGCAACACUGAUUCGGUACCUCGCAAGGUCAUCUCUCAUAUUUUCGGCCGCAACAAGGUCUGCACUCGUCGCAUCCCGGAGCGUGUCUGGGUUUGCAUGUGUCGCAAGCACUAUCAGAGGAUUCGCUACCGAACUGGUAUCAGAUUCAGCUACACUCAGAUCAAUUUGGUGUACGAGCAGAUCAUCCGAAUGAUCUUCUGGAGCCGAGGUCUGGAGAAUGCCAGCAGAACUAAUCAGGAGGGCAUAACGAUCCGAUCGUGGACAUUCUCGAUUCGAAGACGUGAGGUUAAGCGCCUGGCAGACACGAACAGUCGGGAUCCCAUCCCUCACUGGAUCAUGCAGAGCCUUGGCGAAGGCAAGACGCACGAUGAGAUCCUCGAUGUUAUUGAACGUCUUUGCCAAGAGAUCGAUCACGGGGAUCUCAGAGAAGUUCCUCCUGUCGAGUUCCUCCCAGAGGUUGUUGAUGCCUUCACGAACCCGCCUGCUCAGGUCCAGAUCCAUCAGACAUCGGCCAACAGUCAAUCCAGCCGUUCGUCUUUGAUGGCUGGUGAGGCAGUUCCGUCCCCCCUCCCAUUUGUCAAAGAAUCGUCGCCCCUCAAACCAGUUCAAGAAGAGGGAUCUGCGAGUGAGCAUUCUAGCCAGCAAUCGUCGUCGUCGCCCACGCCUCCUGCUGCUUUCAACGGAUCUCGACCCGCUCAUCACUCCAGAUCGUAUACCGAUGAUAUCUCCAACCGGCCUGCUCCCUACUCAUUCGGCUCUCGGUCUCCCCUCGCGAACGCUGGCAUCGGGCCAGACACUGAUCGACAACCCAGUCUUGGAUACUAUGAGAGUCAGAACCCAGCAGCACCUUCAAUGAGCUAUUCCAGUAUUAAUCGUCAUAUGCAGGCGCCGAUGACCGAUCACCGAGGUUCCUGCGAUAACGCCCCUUAUUACCAACAGUCUUAUGGUGGCGAUCACUACUAUGACCCAAAUGGAUUCGUACUGACUGAUAGAAACCUCUCGAUCCAUACCGCCGCUAUGCCAAUGUUGGCCAGAGCGGAUCAGAUGUAUGGCACCGCAGGCUAUGCUGCCCAACACAGCCGAGACAACCACUUCCUUGCGUCGACAGUCAAUACUCAACUCACGCCCGCGCCCCUUAAUUAUCCCUCUUACGAGACUCCUCCUUUUCAGGCUUCAGGAGCGGGUUACUCGUAUCCAGCUCCGGAAGAACGUCAUUCUCAGCUUAGAAUGAGCGGAUUAGACAACUCGCUGCAUCAUUCCAUGGCAGACGAGCGCCCGUACUCUCAUGAUCCGCGUUCACAAAUCCACCAGCCCAACUGGUUUUCCGCCGAGACUGGGUCGAACACUAGGAUCGGCCGCUCUAUGAGCCAAUACCAGCAGCACACAUUGGCUUCCGUUGACCAAGCUAGCCUCCGUCCCUCGCGCCAGUAUCCAAAUGAAGAAGUUCCAGAGUAUGGCUUUGCUGAUCUGGUUACUGAUGAAGGUGUUCCUACCACGCAACCAGCAGUAGCCUACCGUCCAAGAUUCCAACACGGCUACGCAUCCCCCCCCGAGUUAGACGACACUCUCGCUCGAGGCAAUUACCAGGCCUAUCAACACAAUCUUUCGACCAAUGGCGAUGAAGACAACAUCUACGGUGAUCGAGCUUCCGACAGCGAUCGCCACUAA